CAUCACGUGAAAAACUAAUCUUUGUCAAACUCUAAACCAAACCAGUCGUGUUGUUAAAAGAUGUAUUUCUGCUUCGCAGUGUGUUUAGUAUUAGCAAGUGUUGCGAGCUGUUUUGCUGAUAAUGAAUACCGAGUAGCUGUCGCAUAUCUUAGAACUGAAAAUGUGACUGGUAAAAUAUUGUUUACCGAAACGGACGAAGGGUUAAAGGUCUCUGGCGCUAUAGUAGGCCUCGAGGAAGGUCACUAUGGAUUUCACGUCCACGAAUUGGGAGACGUAGAUACUUGUCUUACGACCGGUGCUCACUUCAAUCCGGACAACAUUCAACACGGAGGGAGAGACGACGAAGUGCGACACGUCGGUGAUUUGGGAAACGUGAUAUUUGCUGGGGCCGAGAUUCCCGUGAGCAACUUCCAAUUUGUCGAUGGCACGAUUUCGCUCCGUGGGCGGAACAACAUUCUUGGGCGAGGGCUGGUGUUGCACGAGCAAGAAGACGACCUGGGGCGCGGCGACCACCCGGACUCGCUGACCACGGGCAACGCCGGCGCCAGGGUCGCCUGCGCCGUCAUCGGUAUGCACGCGCCCGUUGAUGCUUGGCACUAUAACUCAUCUUUCAACAUUGGACCCUCAGUGUCUUUGAUUGCAUCUAUACUUAUGUUAUCGUUUAUUUUAAAUAAGUAA